GUAAUAUUACAAAAGGUUUUUAAGUAAAAAAUGAAUAGUAACGUCGUAAUUUUGUGCAGUCUUUGUUGUAACAGAAGUUUGAGAGCGAGAAGCGUAGAAGCACAGUGCACACAAACACUGUUCGAUCUGUUCUCGUUAAUUUAACUGAAUAUAAACUAUUUAGAAUUGAAGCUGUACUAGCUGCAUGGCUAAAAUUAAACCUCAAGCUCUACUACAGCAAAGCAAGAAGAAGAAGGGGCCUAGUCAAAUUAGUGCUAGUACAAUUGUCUUGUAUGGCGUUGUUGUCAUUCUAUUGGUUUUCUUCGGGUUAGCCUCGUACAGACAUUGGAUUCAAAGGUCCAGGGUGAUUCAGAAGACAAGGGAAGGGUUACCAAUACGUAAGAAAUUAGGUGCAUAUGACGGUUCAAAGAAAUCUGAAGUGCCCAGAUAUGCUAUCUUCAAUACUUCUAAAGGCAUGAUAACGGUGGAACUUUACAAGGACGGUGCUCCUGACGUUGUUAAUGAAUUCAUUGAUGCAUGUCAUAAUGGACAGUUCAAAGGGAUGCAAUUUCAUCAUGUGAUUAAAAAUUUUGUAAUCCAUGGAGGUGAUUCAAAAAUAAAUGGCGUUACAGAAGAUUGGACAUCUAAAGGCAGACAUUACAACCAACUGGAUACAAGUGUGAAGCAUGAUGCAUUUAUGAUGGGUACUUCUAAGGGAAAACAUGGCAAGGAAGGUUUUGAGCUAGUUAUAACUACUGCCCCAAUUCCGGAUCUGAACGAGAAGCUUAAUGUGUUCGGUCGAGUAAUCAGGGGUGAAGAUGUUGUUCAGGAAAUAGAAGAGGUUGACACAGAUGAACAUUAUCGACCCAAAUCUUCAAUAGGAAUCAUUGAUGUGAAACUGGAGCUGAAAGUUUAAAGCUCUGUCGUAAAAGGCUAUUCAUUUGCCUGGCUCCCUGUCGUUGAAGUUAUGUCAAGCAGGCAUUUUGUAGGAGUAUUUCUCAUAGGUGUUUAGAAUUUAGCAGAUCCCUUCCGCAUCUCUACUGCUAAAGUAAAUUUCGUUCAGCUCUCAUUUAGCUAUUCAUAAACCAGUUAACUUUGAUUCUUUUUAAUUCUUUUUAAUUCAGUGAUGUUUGUGAA